AUGGUAACCAGUGUUGAUAAUUGCAGUAAAUUCGUGGUCUACUUAUGUCUUCUGGUGUUCUCGAUGUUGUUUGCGUUACGUCUGGACGAGACGAUUGUCAUCUCGUAUUGGGUGGUGUUCUGUCCGCUAUGGCUGUGGAAGUGUUUGGUGAUAGUGGGGGCACUCAUAGGGACAGUGGUGUGGGUGCGGAACCCGGACUACCGCCAGUCGGACAGCUCUUACAUCCACUUCAAGUCAAUGCUGAUCAGUGUUUCCCUACAGCUAUUGCUUCUCAUGUUUGAGCUCUUGGUUUGUGAUAAACUCGAGUCCGGACGACACUUCUGGAUCUUAGCCUUCAUUCCUCUGGUGUUCAUAUCGCUGCUGUCGAUUGCGGUCUGCAUUUGGGCCCUCAAGAACGACAGGACCUUCGAGAUGGAGCUGUUCUGCUCCGUCAAUAUCUUGCAGUUUAUAUUCAUCGCCCUCCGGAUGGAUAAGUUCAUCACGUGGUCCUGGGUACUGGUCUUGGUGCCCCUCUGGAUCCUCCUGUGUCUGGCCAUCAUCGGUGUCCUCUACGCACUCAUCUUCGCCGCUAUACUUCUGCGGACACCCGAAGUGGCGGCCGAACAGCGCCGACAGAGCCUUCACUCUGCCGUCUCGUACUCACUCAUUGUCUUACCACUGCUGGUCUUCUUAGUACUUCUGUCCAACAAAUUAGACUCCGUUCACACGUCCAGUCCCUCGCAAAUGGACUACUUUUCCACAUGUAUUCCCCUAUACUUCACGUUCGCUAUACUCCUGUGUCUUUCAUUUGGCAAUAAAGGCGGCAAUUUAUGGUGGUUCGGAAUGAGGAAAGACUUUUGUUCAUUCCUCCUGUCGAUGUGUCCCUGUCUUCGAGUCUAUGGCAAUAUAUCCUAUAAUUUACACUUCAAUCACAGCCUCUCAUCGACGCCUCACCCCAACGAUGGCUCUCAGGACGUGUCAAACAUCACUCAUUCAAAGCAUGUCAUCACUCGACAGCCAAAGAAGUUUAUUAUACCUCACACAAUAGGUCUUCGCAGUGAUAGUGACAGCGAUGUGAGGCAUAGAAGAGAGCGUUCAGACAAAUGCAGCGUUUUAUACGCGGAAAUGCCACACGAUUUGGGUCGCAAUCACAUCCCUGUCCACAACGCGUGCACUGAGAGCACCGAUCGCCACACCAAUGGGUCGACACAAUCGGGAGGCGAUGGUCAGCCUCUUGUGGGCGAACCUAACUAUCACUGCGUUUGCUAUAACUGUUGUUCGCCAUUAAGUGUCGAUGAAUUGGAUCACAACCUCUACUAUAUAUCCAACGAUAAGUCAAAGACACCGACCGAUGGACACACUGACGGCCGCAAUGACGACAACUCCCGUGAAUCGUCGCCCAUAAUGUGGACGAUUUGUUCCCAAAAUGGUCGACACAAUGGAGCGGACAAUGGCUGUUCACCGGUGAAUGGCCACCAAUUGGUGUCCAACUAUACGACUGUCAUUAAACCGAAAGCACUUCGACCACAACUGCCAGUGACCGGCCACUCACAGAGUCAUACAAAUGGGUUACCACUGACACGACCAACGCUUCCGAUGCUCUCAUUUCACGGCUCCACUCAUGUGUUGACAGAUAAGGAUGAGUCGGCUUUCACUCAAAUAUCUCGCAGGAGAUCCAACUCUGAAGCCACACAUCAUUAUCAGUCGAUUAGCAAUGAUCGACAGAUUCCUUCCAGAAGUGGUGUCGACUACAACCGUCCUCUUCGGCACCAAAGAAGUAAAUCCGUGAAUAAAGCGUUCAAUAAUAAUAUGGAUAUGAGUUUGGGUUUCAGUAAAUGUCAGGCAAUAAGUGAUAAACAUUUACCUCAACAUCAAUCCAAGAAUACGAAUCCGUUUUACUUAAACCAAAACUAUAGUCAAAACAGUAAUAAUUCUGAUGAAAGUCUGGAUCCACACGAGACGUGCUCUUCGAUGUACUCUUCGGAACCGAUUCACAUGACUCUCGAAGAAGUGAGAAAUAUAUUCUCGAAAAGUCAGAGCAAACCACUGAAGAACCCGUUUCUCGUCACCAAACAUAAGAGGACCACAAAUGCAAUGGAAGACAAAAUGGGUUUUAAUAAAUCAAAGUCAAAGUCAAAGAUCAAGUGUGCGAUUGAGAGCCUCUUCAGAAGUAAACGCAAAUCCUGUUCUUCCAUCACUUCCACAGACGACAACUCUAUUGAAUCAGAAUUUACAGACAAAAAUGGUUCUCAAGAGUCCGGUGAAGGCUUUGCAAACAACUGUUCCAACGACAGCCCAUUCACACACAGAGCUCUGCCACCACUUCCCCCUCCGAUCAACACAAACAACACCAAUGAGUCGAUCGAUGUGUUGAGCCGUGAAGACGAGGAGCGCCAGAAGUUUCUGGACUACGCGGCCAGCAUUGAACGCGUCAAAGAUUGCGGUUGGUAUUGGGGGCCAAUCAGUGGAGAAAUGGCUGAGAAGCUGUUGCAGUCGGAGCCGUGCGGUUCAUUCAUCGUGAGGGACAGCUCUGACGAGCACUACAUCUUCAGCUUAACCUUUAAGUUGAAUGGUUUAGUACGACACGUGCGCAUCGAACAUGACCAGGGAAACUUCAGUUUCGGUUCCCUCCAGAAGUUCAAAAGCAAUACAAUCGUCGACUUCAUAGAGAACGCUGUCCAGCACUCGAGGAGCGGACGGUUCCUGUUUUUCCUGCACCGGCGCCCAGUGAUGGGUCCGAUGCGCGUCCAACUCCUACACCCCGUCUCGCGCUUCAAACAAAUACAAUCACUUCAACACAUGUGUCGGUUCGUAAUACUGAAGCACGUGCGCCGGGAUCUCAUCGAUGACCUACCGCUGCCUAAAAUGCUUAAAUGCUACUUAAAUACCCCGUAUUAUUAUUCAGAAGAGUUAGCGCUAAUGAGUGAACAGCAAUCAAACACAAACCCAAACCCAGAACACGAGCCAACUUUGCCUCCAAAUACUAGUCAAUCGGAAACUUAAAUAUUUACAAAAAUAUUCAUUUUAUUUAAUUAUAAAAAUAAAAUAUAAAUAUAUAUUUAAAUUGUCA